GGGGCCCGGCUCUUUGACGCUUUUCGUGUUCGUUUUCAAUGCUACACAAAAACUUUAUUGAUCGUCGGCGACGAACAAAACCGGCCCGCGAUGCAUAGGACUAAGGCCAGAGACCAAUGAACUCUGUGGGAAAUAACAAGUGCAGUUGAAAGCAAUUAUGGAAAAUGUUAAUACCAAUAAAGGCAUGACUCAAAUACAUUACACCAAUGGCAGGAAUAAGGACUUGGGAACACUUGUUGACAUUGACCCAUACAAGGAAGAAACUCUAAGGAGUAAUCAGCCAUCAUGUCGGUCCAGCUCUUUGAAGGAGAGGAUCACGCUGCCCUUUACCAGAAAUACCGGUUCCCUCCUUCUGCAGAAGUCCUGGAUCUGAUCUUCUCUUUUUUGGGAGAAAAGAAGCAGAAACCAUACAAGCUGGCUGUGGAUGUGGGCUGUGGAUCAGGCCAGAGCACGCGGGUCCUAGCGCCUCAUUUUGAGCGGGUCCUGGGGACAGACAUCAGCGAGGCCCAGAUCCAACAGGCUGGGAAAGCUCCCAGCCCCCACAAUGUCUCCUACAGGGUCUGCCCCGCAGAAGAGCUCCCCUUGGAGGAUGCGUCAGUGGACCUGGUCACCGCAUUCACGGCCGCUCACUGGUUUGACACUGAGCGCUUCCUGCAGGAGGUGACGCGCGUUCUCAAGCCGCAGGGCUGCGUGGCCCUGAGCACCUACCUCCCCAGGAUGAGCUUGCAGUUUGGGGACCGCUCGGACCAGCUCACCCAGAUCUUCAGGGAGGUGCAGGAUUUUCUCUCCAGGUACGCCAGUGAAAAAGUAAAUCUCGUCCACUCUGAGUACCAAGAGAUAUUUGACUUGUUGCCUUUUCCAGACAAGAAGAGGAUUCCCACAAUAUCCAGUCGAGUUUCCUUUUCCGUGGCUCACCUGAUGGGGUUCAUCCAGUCCUUUUCCAUGUUCCAGACCUUCCUCGAGGCGGAUCCAGAGGCAGCAGAAGAGUUUCUGAAGGCGACUCAAGAGAGGUUCUUACAGACCAUGGGGGUGUCGUCUCUGGAAACCCCACUACAGAUCACAUGCAGUCACGUUUGUGUCUUGGCCUGCAAAACUCCGGCCGCGGGGGCAGCCUCCCGAGUUUAACCCAGAUCUCAUCUUUCUGUGGGCUGAAAUGAAAUAAAAGGAUUGAUACCC